CCCCUAUUUCAAAAAACCAAAAAGAAGGAAAUUUUUGGGGGGAAACUCUAAGAACCCUAAUCUUUCCAACCAGUUCCCCCCAGUAAAUCUUCUUCGUUCUAGAUCGCCUCCCUCGAUCUGCCAUGCGAUUUUCGUGAUACUAUAGAGAGAAAACCAUCGGAUAAUCCCCGGAAAGUUUUGCUUUUGGUGCAGCUUCUUGAUUCUUCAAGGUUUUGAGCCCAAAAGGAACAAAAAAAAAAAGUUCGGUUUCCGGGGAUUUAUUUAUUGUUUCUUGUUAUUUUUCAUUCAAGUGAAGUUUUGGACACCGCGUCUGAUCAGUGCGGUGCUUUUUAGUUCAAAACCGCAGAAAAGCAAGAUCAUUGUUCUGGGGUUUUUCCAGGUUUUUGCUGCUUUGGUGUUUUAUCUUCGUGAUCGGAGAUGAGUACGCAGUUUCAGAAAAGCCCCAAGACUGGACGGCAGUCCUUGCUUUUCAGGGAUCUAGCAUCGCCCGUCUGCCAGAAAGGGAAAUUCUCGACCCCUGGCCAGGCAGCCGCGGUAUCUGCUCUGUGGAGGGAGAAUUUCGGGGGUGCAGACCCUCCGCCGCCUCCGAUUUAUACUUUGGAAGAUCGAGUCGACUUCUCGCCGGAGGCUGGAGUCGGAGACUACCCUACGUCCCCUGAUUUCAAAUCGGAGAUGAGAACCCCUUCGAGGGAUUCGAUGACUCCGUUGAAAGGGAAAUUGAGCUUCGGUGCGUCGACAGAUGUCACACCUCCUCAGGGGCUUUCGGCGUCUCAUAGCCCCGGUAGCUCGAGCUGGUGGUCACAUGGGAAGGGCAUUGCAAAUGGUGAGGAGCAGAGGAAAGGAUCACCGGUGGAUGGAAUCGUCCAGCACCCGGAGACAAGUACGGGCCUGCUUAUGCUGCCGCCACCCAGAGAGGUUGCUAGGCCAGAGGUGCAGAGAAAUAGCUUGCCUUCUGGUAGCUUGGAUGAAGAAGAAUGGGUUACAGUUUACGGGUUUGGUCCAGGGGACACCAAUCUAGUAUUAAGGGAGUUUGAAAAAUGUGGUAUUAUAUUGAAGCAUAUCCCUGGUCCAAGAGAUGCAAACUGGAUGCACAUUUUAUAUCAGAGCCGGUUUGAUGCUCAGAAGGCUCUUGCAAAGAACGGCUUGCAGAUAAAUGGCCUUCUUAUCGUCGGGGUGAAGCCUUUGGAUCCAAUCUUGCGUCAUUCCCUGAGCAACAAACUCAGCAGUCAAGGUUUCAUGGUUUUACCGCCACCAUCAUCUGAUAGAAGCUCAGGUACAAGUCAUUUGAAGGCUUCCCCCCGGCCAUAUUACCCACAACCUGAAGAUAGCAGCCGCAGUUCUGUUGGUGCCAUUGCUUCACCUUCAAAAUCUGUUCUGUCGAGAAUUGUGGAUUUGAUGUUUGGCAUUUGAGUUGCUUCUACAAUCUUGAUCAAAUUCUGCUGCAACAUUUUUGUUUGUGUUUGGCAUAUAUUGGUGGUGCUAAUUCUAUAAAUCUUUCUUUUCCUAUUGCAA